AUGCCCGACCCAGCCGCCGUCCGCCGUAUUCUCGGCGAUUCUACCUCCAAGUCCGCUUGCCCGGCCUUUCCUCGCCAAGCAGCACCCCCGCCACCCCCCUUACACGACGGGCCAACCGUCGUCUGGUUCCGCGGCCACGACCUUCGAAUCCACGACCACACCGCCUUGGAAGCCGCUGUCUCCGCUAACAAACCCGUCGUCGCCCUCUACAUUCUCGAACGAGGCGCCGAGACCGAUGGGGUCUCCUCCUACAUGCGUCGUCUCGGCACUGUCUCCGCGUCCAGCUCUCAUCUUGACGCUUCACAACCACCAAGUCGGUCACAACCACCAAGUCCUCUCUCCCCCAACGGCGGCUUCGCCAUCGGUCGCGUACAACGUUGGUACCUCCAUCAUUCGCUCCGCGUCCUGCGUGACCAACUUGAAACUCUCGGCAUCACUUUAAUUCUUCGACGCGUCGAUUGCGCAGAGGAUACCGCCCCCAUUGUUUCUGAAGUAGCACGCGCAUUGGGUGCCGCCCGUGUCUUCUGGAAUAAGCGAUACAAGCCGCGAGCAUAUCCCGUAGAAGAUGCCGUUCGUUCCGAACUCACCGCCAUGGAUGUCGUCUAUCACGACUUCUUCUCCGAGACCUUGCUACCCCCGAACUAUACCGGCCAGAGUCGCUACGAUGACUUCCAAACCUAUACACGUUUCUGGAUCGAUACUAUGCGCGAGCACCCUCCUCCAAGACCUCGUCCACCCUUGGACCGCAGUCAAGUCAAUUCGCUGCCACUCCACCAAAUUCAAGCCCUUCUGAUGAUGUGUUCCCCGCAUUCAGCUGUAGAGGGGUCUUCCACCACAUACUUCUCAUCGGACCAACCCAUGCCCGGCCCGUUCUCGCCUGUCAGAACGCCUUUGGGACACAUCACUGAUCUUGAGCUUCUCCAAGGCUUGUCUGUCGAAGGAGAUGACUCUCCCGGCGAUGUCUCCGCCAUAGGUUGCGUGGCAGCUGAGAGAGCGAUCGCCGCUUUCUUGAAGGAUGACCGCUUUGCUAGGUUUUCUUCGGCACCUGCGAGAAGAGAUGGAAUGGUUACUGGGAAAGAUCUUGCGACAUCUAGACUUAGCCCUCAUGUCAGAUUUGGAGAGAUAUCACCAAGAGCCCUCUUUUAUGCUGUCGUCGAUGCCGGUGCUCAAGCCAAAGUGAAAGGAAAUUCACGGGGCCUGGAGGCUUCGCGAACGUUUCUAAAAAACAUGAGUCUCCGAGAAUUUGGCUACUACAUGCUCGGUCGCUACCCACACGCCGCUUGCAAACCGAUCAUGCCUGAGUUUGAAGUAUUUCCUUGGGUCUAUGAUAAUGACGGUAUGAUAGCCAAGGCAUGGGAAACGGGCAACACUGGGUUUCCGAUUGUAGACGCUGCUAUGCGCCAGUUGCUUCGGGAAGGUUGGAUCCACAAUCGGAUGCGCUUCCUUGCCGCAUCCUUCUUCUGCAAGUACCUUCUCCUGCCGUGGCCGGUUGGAGCCGCACACAUGGUUCGCACACUUGUGGACGGUGAUGAAGCUUGUAACUCCCUCGGGUGGCAGUGGACUGCCGGUUGUAACUCAGAUUCUUUCCCAUUUUCCACUCUUGUGAAUCCUAUGUCACUGCACACGCAGUCCACAAAAGUCGCCGCCGCAUACGUUCGCAAAUAUGUUCCAGAGCUUGCUGGAUUGCCUGAUUCGUUAGUGUUCACACCGUGGAAAGUUACAGCAGAGGAAAGUAGGCUGUACAAGUUUGGACUACUUCCGCUCGAUGAGUAUAGAACGAUUAACCCCCACUGGGAUCAGGCUUCCUCCUCCGCGAGACGUAUUUGCAAUCUGUACCUGUAUCCUAACAGAAUCGUCAAUGGACCGGAAGCACGUACCCGAGCGCGGCAUGCCAUGGAGGUCAUGCGGAGGAUAUUUUCGGCUCAGCGGCAGUGCAGAACAAUCAUCGUCGACCAGACAAGUGUUCCAGGUGGAAAGCUGCGCGUAACUGAACGGCAAAUGCUGACAAUUGAAUCCUCGAAGUUGAUAGAAGAUGCCAUAUUCUUAGAUCACAGCGAGGAUGAACUGUCAACUGUCACUGGAUAUAAUCCUGUCGGUGAGAAGAACCUGGGAAGGAACGCACGUGUUGCAGGAAAUGACAUGGUAUCUCUCAUGCAGCCACCUCGGAAGAAGCAGCGAGUGGAAGGUGGCCAGGCUCUGAACCCAAACCUGAAGAUAACGUGCGGUGAGGUUACUGAUGUGAUGUCAACGUCACGAACAGGGAGUACUAUCUCCAGAGGUGAAGUGGACCUGCUGCUGAGCUCCAGCGGAGUUACUGAAAAGAGAACGAAACGCCGUCCCAGACAUCCAAACGCUGAGGUAUUGGUUGCAGAAGAGAGGUUGGGCGAUGGGUCUUCGUAUGGGUCGCAGAAUAUGUCGUCAGGGACUAUGAAGAAGACGCGACCGUCACCUGAAGGGACCCCUCUAGCUGCCGACGGUCGAGUUUCAGUCCAGGCCUUGCUGACACCAACGGUGCUGGACCCAACGAAGACAGUGACGAGCCGAAGACAGUUUCCUCCUCAGUCACCCACAUCCUUUCCAAACCUACAAAAUUCUCCAAAUGUUUCUCACUUUGCUGGCACCACUGCUUAUCAACCGCAUGGUAUGAGGGCACCAGAUGCCCACCCUCAUGUUUCACACAGCGUUUCUCCUUCGAUGCAUGCCCCGUCACAAGGUAGGAUUUACCAAAGCUUCCAAAAUCCACUUUCAGAUGUUGCUGUCGAGCACGUCCAAAAGGCGGUAUCCCCAAGGAUUAAUGAACCGAGUAUCCCGACGUAUAAUCCAAUUAUGGAUAGACCAGCACAGCAAUUUCGACCGGCACCUGUACAGCACGUGCGAAGGAAUGGGGAUAGCCACGCCACGCCAAUACAUCAGGAUGCGGUGAACACACGUCAUGAAGUUCAACAGUCGGAGACGUCCAGUAGGAGACGGGCGCAUACCAUCGGAGUGGGUAGUGCUUCCAAUUUCCACAGGGGUCAACUGAAAGAACGUAGUCCUUAUCAACCUCCAAGCUUUGAUAACACCAGGGUUCCAGCAGCCCCGAUAUAUCAACAAGGAGUAGCGGGAAUGCCGGUCAUGGCAAACCAUUAUCCGGGCAAUCAUCCUCACAAGGCGCAGAUGGUUCUCCCAUUCCGAGCGGCUGGUCCUGUGCCAGUUGCACCAUUGGGUCCUCAGACUAGCGCUCUACACAGUCAAGACGGCAGCCGAGGAUAUUUUCACACUGUGCCGCCACAUCUCAAUACCCAACCAGCGGGACCUAUGAUUUUUUAUCCGGGCUUGCCUCAGUACAUUGAUAUGCGUGUCCCACAGAUGAUGCACCCGAUGGUGACAUCACACCCCGGGGCGUUGUCCAUGGGCUAUCCAGGACAGAACGGCAAUGGUUUGGGAGCAGGGUCAACCAAUAGUCGGGGGGUCGAUCAUAUUGGAAAUCAGCGGAAUUUGGCAGGGGUCGAUCGUGGCGUUCAGAGCGGUCCGAAGAACCCCAUGGAGCGUGAGGAGAUCGCCCGUCGAAUGGCGGCAAUGAACUAUUAUGACGAUGCUUACGGAGGUAAGCAUUGGGAGCAAUGGCAAGCAAUUGCUCUGCACCUGCUCGACCAAUAUGAAUUCAGUGAAGACACCAACAGACACACAACGAAAGCCUACGUGCGUUUAUGUGUUCUCAAGGAUGAGCUCCGAGAUGCGAAUCCCGCGGGACCGCGUGUCACGGUAAAUCACUGCAAAGAAGUUUUUCGAAUUCUUCAGUUGCCUGUAACCGGGGAAUGGGACAGGCGAGGUCAUGGAGGAGUACGAGGUCCUUACUGCUACGGCUGCGUCAAGCGAAGUGGAGUGCAGAGUUCAAAGAAAUAAUCGUCUACCUUGGCCCAUGUCAUGGCCUAGGCAUGAAGCGCAGAUGUAGACGACUACUUCUGGCAGUUUGUUUUGUUAUUCGAAAUCUGCAAUAAACUGCUCUUGACGAUGCGUGGCUCUGAUAUUUUUUUCUUUCAAA